UUCAACUUGUUUUGACAGAGGCAAACAGCUGGCAAGUGACAACGAAGAAAUAUUAGAGCUAAACACUCAUCCUGAGAUGGUCAACAUUCUUGAAGCUGUAAAAGGAGCUACGCUUAAUUACGGAAAAAGCAGCAUGGAGGUCGACCGCGAUUUUAAAAAUUGGGUUGCCACUUCACCUUUAAGUGUCCCUGCUAGCCAAGGAGAAGGGACCAAUUGGGGCAAGUUCCUCAUGAUUAGCUCUGUUCAUCAAGAGUUGGCCAAGAAUGUUUCCAUUAUGAAACGUGUUGAUGGUGACUUUGAAGAAUUUGUGAGAGCUCUCAAGCAAGACAGACAAAGAAAAUGGUCACACAUCCAAUGGCUAGAAACAUCUGCAAAAAUGACUGAACUUGGGAUGUUAUUAAGUCAACCUGAAUAUCAAAAACUUCUUGGUUUGGCUCUUUCAACCACUUUUGGCAAACCUCUACGCUACUGCAUCCAACAUGAAAUUGUUCCAGCUGCAAGUUAUUGGACCUAUUAUGCUGAUCAGCUAGAGUCAUGUCCUGUUACUCAAAUAGGGAACAAUAUUGCUGUUGUAAUUGUGGGUUCAUCUAAUCCAGUGCUGUCUGUGUCGCGUGCAAUCGCACCACUCGUUUCGAGAGGAAUGCCAAUUGUAUUGGUCCCUGAAAAUGAUCUUCUAGCAAUUCCAUGCCUUUUGAUGGGGGAAUUUUUAAACAAAGUGGGAUUGGACUGCAGCGUAUAUGCCGGAAGUUCUGAAAGGCUGAAAGGAAUCACUUCUUCAGAGGGCAUCGAUAUUAUUGUUUGCGGUAGCUAUGAUCAAGCGCUUGCAUUGCGCGAUGGAGCUUCAAAUCUCAAAUUGGAUCUCGACGGGAAAAAAGCAGUCGUGGUGUUGGAAACAGGUGAUUGCGAUGCCGCUGUAGAUGCCGCACUUACCGCUUUGAAGACGAGUAGCUUCAACAGCUGUGGUCUCUACCUGAUCGUUCAGGACUCCAUGUUGGAAGAGAUUGAUUGGCGUUUGCGAGAACGCUUCAACGCUAGUCGCUCGGGCGAAUUAUUAGAUAAAACUAUUGAUUUUACAGCAGAUUCUUGCUAUCAAGCUCCCUCAAAAGUGACCGACUACCUCCAAGGAACUAAAUUAGAUAUUUUGAACGUAGGGAACGCCCGUGUUAUUUUCAACGCACAACCUUCAAUGCCUAUUACCCAGUGGGGAAUUCUGGGGCAAACUAUGCUUGUUUUCUCUUAUCGCUCUGCCGCAGAGUUACUCAACGUUCUUACAAAUCUCACCGGCAUGAGUGAAAUCUCGUUGUGGUGUGAGCAGCAGUCUAUCGCCAUGCACAUCAUCAACCAAUUCAAGGUACCUCGCAUUUGGGUCAAUGGAUUCGCUUUUUACGAGCCAGGAUUUGAUCACUUGUUGCCCGUUAAAGACAGUAAACUCAACAAUGUUUCAUCCUUUGGGGAUGGAAAGCCCAACGCAACUCUGCUUCCCAUUCUCGAUAGUCUACGCUUGACGCAACGUUCGUGGGCUGGCCAAGGAAAUAGGAACGUUCUAGUGACCAAAUUUCUCAAGCAGUUGCUGACACAAGAGCCAUUAAUCACCAAAACUGACUUGCUUUUGGAAUUAAUUACCGCAAUCAGUCGCGAUACGGGAAAAGUAGCUACGAGUGCAGCUAAACGUGGAGUUAUCUUCGACCUUGCUGAUCCUGUAGGAGUCAUCGCGCUUAUCGCUUCAGACAGUGAUAGGCUCGAUUCGUUGAUCCGAAUCAUUACGUUUGCCUUGUUAAAAGGCAAUGCGAUUAUGUUACUCAAUGUCCAUAGUACAAGUGCUAUCGCUAUGAAUCUCCUCAAGAUUGCCAAGGAAGUCGGUUUGCCAAACGUUCUCAUCACUUGCCCAUGGAACCAAGAAAACUGUCGAGCUUUGUUAAACCAUCACGGCACUCGCAUGAUUGUUACGUGCGGUGAUGAAACCUUGCCGACGAAACCUGGAAAUCACGUCAAGAGAAUCUUGGAGGUGGAUACGAACAAUGAAUCUUGUAAUCAAAUCAUCGACAAUGUAGUCGUACGCAAAUGGGUCUGGAUGGCCACUGGAGAAGGUCUAGCAAACUGAAACAGUCGAAUCAUUCCGUAGUCGCGCCUUAUUAACAUUACAAAAAUAAGGUGGCAAAUGUUAGAGAAGGGAGAAAUGCUUAUUACUUUUAUUUACAUGUUUAUUACUCAGAACCCAUGAUAUUGUUGAAAUAGAAUAGAAUGCCCGCUGGAAGGAAUGGAAAA